AUGGUGAGAUUGGGGAAGACGUUACUGAAAGAAGCAGCUAAUGGAAUCGGCAAGACUCUAUCUGGAGUCCUGGCCUGCCCACUCUCCAAGCAGCCAUUGAGGUGUUGCAAGGAAACCAAUUCCCUCAUCAGUGAUUCAAUUGGCGUCUCCUAUCCUAUGAAGGAUGGGAUUCCUUGCUUGGUUCCUCGAGAUGGAAAGAUAGUUGGAGGUGAUGACAAUGAUGGACACAAUGGAGAUCCCGCUACAAUCCAAUCCACUGACUAG